AUGUUUCGAUUAAUCGUAACAAUCAGCGCCGUGCUAACAGGCUCCUCAGCCGUAUACUUCUACAUCUGCCACCAAAAACUGUCAUCCCGCAUCCAACACACCUCACAAAGCGGACUUUCAUCCGCAAAAUCCAAACCGCAAAGCAUCGAAUCAAUCCCGGAGGGCGUCCUCACAGAAAAAUUCUUCGCGCUCCAUGAUCAUGCCUCGAAAUCUGUGCUUCGUGGCUCACUCCCGAACAUCCCAAUAGAGCUUCUGUUCACCAAGCUGGUCCGACGCAAUAUGACUACCUUCACGCAUUUCCCGCAGGCCCUGAUGAUCAGACUUGUCUGUGACACUAAAGAACAAAAGCGAAGCUUUAAAGCAUCCCAUAUCUCUUCACUCGACUUUAAUGAGGGUGAUUUAGUCUGUGGUGUGUAUCGCGUUAUUGCCAGAAGCAGCAAUAAAGUCGAAUUUGAAAUCAAGAUGGUUAACAUGGACUUUUGUUGUGCGAGGCUUGCUUUGAGUUUUCAUGAGAAGGGAGAUGAGGUUGUGUUUUGUUCCGAGACUAUGAUGUGGAGGCCGGCGGAUGAGUGUCAGAACAUGCCGCUGGAGAGGCCGUUGAUUCGGUGGAUGCAUGAAACUGCGGCUUGGUGGCUCAUUGACUCUGGCGUGAAAUAUCUGACGGAACUUGAGUCGUGA